AUGGCAAUGGCAGCCCCAGGGCAACUGAACGUCAUUGAAUCUCCUUCGCGGGGAUCCCGAAGCGUUGAUUGCUUUGAAAAAUUGGAGCAAAUUGGUGAAGGAACUUAUGGUCAGGUUUACAUGGCUCGAGAGAUUGAAACCGGUGAAAUUGUUGCUCUGAAGAAAAUACGAAUGGACAAUGAGAGAGAAGGGUUUCCAAUAACUGCUAUACGGGAAAUCAAAAUUCUAAAGAAACUACAUCAUGAAAAUGUAAUCAAAUUGAAGGAAAUCGUCACAUCUCCAGGUCCUGAGAAAGAUGAUCAAGGGAGGCCAGAUGGCAACAAAUACAAAGGUGGCAUAUAUAUGGUCUUUGAAUAUAUGGACCACGAUUUAACAGGUCUUGCAGACCGACCUGGCAUGAGGUUUACUGUCCCCCAGAUCAAGUGUUACAUGAGGCAGCUCUUGACAGGACUUCAUUAUUGUCAUGUCAAUCAAGUGCUUCACCGUGAUAUCAAAGGAUCAAAUCUUCUCAUAGAUAAUGAAGGUAAUCUGAAACUGGCAGAUUUUGGAUUGGCACGGUCAUUUUCGAAUGAGCAUAAUGCAAACCUUACAAAUCGAGUCAUCACUUUAUGGUACAGACCCCCCGAGUUACUAUUGGGGACUACAAGGUAUGGGCCAGCUGUAGACAUGUGGUCCGUUGGGUGCAUUUUUGCCGAGCUUCUUCACGGGAAGCCCAUCUUUCCUGGAAAAGACGAGCCCGAGCAAUUAAAUAAGAUUUUUGAGCUUUGUGGAGCGCCUGAUGAGGUGAACUGGCCAGGAGUUCAAAAGACUCCUUGGUACAAUCAGUUUAAGCCGACAAGACCGAUGAAAAGGCGUCUGAGGGAUGUUUUCAGACACUUUGAUCGUCAUGCAUUGGAGUUGUUGGAGAAGAUGCUGACACUUGAUCCAGCUCAGAGAAUUCCUGCGAAGGACGCACUUGAUGCUGAGUACUUCUGGACUGAUCCUUUACCAUGUGAUCCGAAGAGUUUACCCAAAUAUGAGUCCUCGCAUGAGUUUCAGACCAAGAAAAAGCGUCAGCAACAACGGCAAAAUGAAGAAAAUGCCAAGCGUCUUAAAAUGCAGCACCCACAGCAGCAUACCCGUCUUCCCCCGAUUCAGCAAGGUGGACAACAUGCCCAGAUGCGGCAAGGUCCUUCCCACUCUAUUCAUGGUUCUCAACCAGCAGUUGCUGCCGGACCUAGUCAUCAUUAUGGUAAGCCUCGAGGUCCCUCUGGUGGUCCAGGAAGAUACCCUCCUGGUGGAAACCCUAGUGGGGGAUACAAUCAUCCAAAUCGUGGAGGUCAAACUGGGGGUGCUGGUUAUGGCAGUGGACCAUAUCCUCCUCAAGGGCGAGGGGCACCUUAUGGGUCUAGCGGUAUGCCUGCAGGACCCGGUGGUCCUCGUGGUGGAGGUGGAAGUGGCUAUGGAGUUGGAGCUCCAAAUUAUCCUCAAGGUGGUCCUCCAUAUGGUGGAUCGGCUGCUGGUCGUGGGUCAAACAUGGGUGGGAAUCGCAAUCAACAGUAUGGUUGGCAGCAGUGA